UGCAAGACGCUGGAAAUCUCGUACCUCUCAUAGCCGUUUGGUGAUCUGAUUCCACCGACACGCACAGCUUUAUCUCCGCGUGUAAAGACAAGCGGUCCGGGAGUCUGAAAGGCGAAAAGAAAUCUCAGCGUGAGACUGUUCAUAUCAGCACCAUGACCACAGCGGACAACAAACUAAUGCAGCAGCGGAAGGACUUUUGGUCUAAGCAGGAGGCGACAAUUGUAGGCAUGAUCCAGACGGAGGGAUACGAAAACAUGGCUUCCGACGACGCUGACGAAAUAAUGGCCUACCUGCCGGACCUGAAAGGAAAGAGGGUGAUCGACCUCGCUGCGGGCAUCGGGCGGUUCACGGGUCGUCUGGCGAAGGAGGCGGCGCAGGUGACGGCGGUAGACGUUGCCGAAUCGUUCAUCAAGGAAAACCGCUCCAAGAACCAGCACCUCCGUCACGUCUCCUACAUCUGUAACGACGUGGUCAAUCUGGAUCUGCCGGAUGGGAGCCUGGAUGUGGUGUUUAGCAGCUGGCUUCUCAAGUACCUGAACGAGGCCGAGCUGGACCGUUUUCUUCCUAAAGUCCUCAAGUGGCUCAGUCCAGGCGGCUACUUCUUCUUCCGCGAGUCUUGCUACCGCAGCGUGGGAACGAUACAUUCAGACGAGAACCCGUCCAUCUUCCGGCGGCCUGAGGAUUACGUGAGCCAUGUGCUGAAGGCCCGCGACGCUGAGCGUUCCGCCUUCACCCUCCUGCGCUGCAAGAACAUCCUCGCUUACAUAAACUAUAAGAACGCGGCCAAUCAGGUGUGCUUCUUGGCCAAGAAGGUGAGCGAGGGAGAGGUGGAGUGCCUGCCGGAGCCUCGCCAGCACAUCGUGUGCCCACUGGGCGCCUCGCUGCCUGACGAUGGUACCAGGGACGCCCUGGGCGGAGAGUCUUCGACGAAAGCGUUCUGCGCCCGGCUUGGGCUGCGGGCGGGGCGACGGGUGCUGGUGGUGGGCUGCGGGGAGGGCGAGUCGGCAGAGUUUCUGGUGAGCCACUAUCAGGUGACGGCACAUGGCGUUGACCGCUGCCACUCCAGGGUGAUGGCGGCCAUCGGGCGGCAGAUGAAGCUCGAUGACAACAUCAGACAGAAGUUGCAUUUCGAAGGCGGGUGUUUGACGCAGUUGGACCGGGACGACGACUCUUACGAUGUGAUCUACUGCCGCGAGGCACUGCACCUCCUCCCCUGCAAGCAGGAAGUGUUUACCAAGUUCUACAGGUGGCUGCGCAAGGGGGGGAUUCUCUUCAUCACUGAGUAUACCAGCGGCUCCUCCGCCCCGUCCACCGACCAGGCCACCACCUGCACCCACGCUCACACCUUGCCCGCAGCAUGCCACCUUGAGACGCCUGACGCCUUGGCCAUGAAACUGCGGGAGGUGGGCUUCAAGGGCGUGACAACCAAGGACCUCUCACAGGAGCUGACCAAGAUUCUGGUGAAGGAGCAGGGCGACUUGGGCGCCAAUGGCUCCGAUGGGAACUACAAGCUGGUACUGGCCAAGAAGGGACAGCUCACUUGGACAUCCUUCACAGCCACGAAGUAAGAGGUGAUGACUGCUGAUGCAGCUGACGAGGACGAGCGAGAGGCCAAGAGGCCAAGCCAGGAUGAUUAGUGUGCGCGCACACGCACACACACACACACACACACACACACACACACACACACACACACACACACACACACACACACACACGUGUUGUCCAGACUUCCGUAGCUCAUUAAUGUCAGUUUCCUGCACACAAUUAGCUGUAAGAGGAACCAUGGCAAUGUGAGUGUCUCCUGUAGCGUUAGAAUGGUCCCCACACGACGCACGGCCCAGGCUGCGUUGCUGCAGAGGUGGAGGGUGAUGGUGAGCCGCUGAUAUUUAAAGGGAUUUGUGAAAGUUUAUGUCACGGAGGGAAAAAAAAAAAAAAUGCAUGGGUUAGUGACUGAUUUUGUACUCGCGUUAACGUAAAGAUACUUGGACAAUGACUAACUACUACUACUACUACUACUACUACUACUACUACUACUACUACCACUAAUAAUAAUGAUAAUAAUAAUAAUAAUAAUAAUAAUAAUAAUAAUAAUAAUAAUAAUAAUAAUAAUAAUAAUAAUUCUGUUACUUCUACUACUACUACUACUACUACUACUACUACUACUACUACUACUACUACUAUUACUACUACUACUAUUAUGAUAAAGAACAGUAGCAAAUCUUUAUAGACUAAGUAUUUAAGCAGCACCUGUGGUAGAUGCGUAUAUUUGCCUUCUAUACGUCCUAUGUCCACAAAGUAGAAAAUAAAGAGUUCAUUAAACUGA